GCGUCAAUCAGUCUUCAGACCAUCGCUGACUGAAUGGCGGAGAGGUGUGUCCACUUGCGUACCCGGCAACGUUUACCUUUCUUCCAUGGGAUUUAUCAAGGGGUUUCAGAGUAAUAUUGUUCCAAACAGCCUACAUAUCAAGAACAGGGAGGAGCUAGAAGAGAGGAUGUAAAGAAGUCAGUCAGGGAAAUGAGGGCGGAGAGAGAGAGAGAGAGAGAGACAGAGACAGAGACCAUGGCGGGCAAUUCAAAAGAACAACAACUCUCUUUGAGUGUUUACAGCAGCCUUCGGUAUGUUUAAGAAUCAGUAUUACUCGUAUGUAGCUGAGUGAUGCUAGUUUGCUAGCUGCCCGAACGAGCAGGCUGAAUGCGGUGGUUGUGUUGUGGUUGUUCAGAGGCUCGGCUGCCCCUCAGUGGACGGUCUUUACCUGAGAGAAGCGGGCAGCAUGCAGGAGCUCCUCUGCACUCCUUCAUUACACCGCAUGGACAUACUGAAAUGGAUUUGUGCCAGAAUCUGCCCAUCCCUGAGAGACAAAUUCUCAACAAUCAAAUCGUCAGAGACAGAAGAAGUGGCAAAAGAAAUCACACGGUUUGGCCAUGAAAUGCUGUUGUGUAAAGCUGAUGACCAGGAGUUAAUCAAGGGUUUUGCCACACCAUUACGGCAGCUUUUGUUUUUGGAACAGCUUUUAAUGAUUGCAGGACAGCAGGACACAUCAUCUGAGGACAUGCACAAUGAGUCUUCUGGAGGUGGCAGCAUGACAAACGAGGAUCUGCUUAAGGAGCUGAUGUCACCUGACCACCUAACUGAUCUGGUCCAGCUGAUGAAUCCUGUGUGCAAUCCCUGGUCUGCCCACAUCCAGGAAUACCUCAAAGCCACACAAGCGACUCGGGCUAAGGCAAACAGCAAUAAAACCGAUGAGAGUCAUCAUGAUAUAGGAUGUGGUAAACUUAGUAAUGACAACAUAGCUGAAGCUACUGCUCUGCUGCAGUCCGCUCAGUGUACAUUGGAGGAGCUACAUAAAGAGUGUGAGUUCCUGCAGUUAGAACAAUCAGCCUCGCUGUCGCCCUGUGCUCUGAAAGUGGCUAUAUCAGACAUGGCUCAGCUUAUGACUGCCUUCAGUCAGGUCUACAACACAGACUUCAAGGGCUACUGCCAGAGAGCACCUCCUGUCCUUAAUCCAAACGCAUGUGUCUUCCAGUCUGUACAUCAGCUUCUGCACCACUGCAACAUGGAAUUAGAAGCGCUGCAGCAGCUGUCCAAAACCUCAUCCACUCUGACUGAGACUGUGAAACAGAUACAGACAAACAGGCAGUUUUGGGCCAAUGGAGCAAAACAUACAUUACCCAAUCAGCUGGAGGCCUUGAAGAAUAGAUUCACUGCUUUUUUGUCUCCUCACCAAUCAUAAGAUAUUUUUAUUGUUUCAGCCUAAACAUGUACUAAACAUGUUGAGACAUCAACGGUCUCAGCUUCAUAAUAGUCUUUCAAAAUCUGUUUCUACAGUUUCCCCAUUUCCCUCAUGUAAAUAUUUUGUACGAACUAGGUCACCUUAUUUUACUAAAAAAAAUUAUGGUAAAAUACUAAAACCCUUCUGUAAAUAAAAAAUAAAUAAUUUAUAACAAA